UGACGUCCUUUGGGUAUGCGAUGACGUAGGCAAAUCUCGCGUAUGUACUCUGCUCUUGCAUUGCAGAAUAUACCUAAGGGGAGUGCCUGGGAGUUAAACGAACAAACAUUACAUCAUGAAGGUAAAGAUGAUACACGUAUAAGUCCGCUUUGAGUAUCAACAGGCAGACCGAAAACCACUGGUGCAAGAGAGCUGUCUGAUACAGAAGUUAAUCCUGUUUCUUACUACUGCUUUGACGGCCUAUUACUACUGGAAAUCCUUGGGCUAACCUGUGGACUCAAAACCGAGAGGGGAAGAGCAUCAUUGGGAAAUAUAUCAAGCCAACUCUGGUUAGCCAAUCUAUUUUUCAAUUGCGAAGGAGUUGAUAGUCCAUUGACAAAUAUAAGAAACCAAGUAUUUUCUAAAUACUCGUACACUGAGACUUACAAUCGACCAAGGUGUCAGACUUGUUUGUUAGCUGCCAGUCUAGCUAAAAUCAGAUGCUGGACACUUAACGUUAGCUAGCAUAGCUAAUGUUAGCUGUCUAGCUACGUUGACAAAAGUUUUGUUUUCGAUGUCGGUGACUGUCAUGAUGACUAGCUAGUCAGCAAAUAUAGUCUGCUGUUAACUGUCAGCACACAUUUCAUAAAUUUACCUGCUAGCACCCAACACCUCAGACAUUUUGUGACUGCUUGCUACGAUUAAGUUGACAGUUAGCCCGAGCAUGUUAAGAUAGCCAGAAUAGCUAGGUUAACCUAACCUAGCAAGCAAUCUUUUCAAACCUGCCUGGUUGGUGCUCUUAUCAGCUAAAAGACGAAACUAACGUAGAUUGUUGGCCUGAAAUAGUCGUCACUUAACUGUAAAUAGUUUCAAAUAUUGACACUAUUCUUAAAGUGGCCAUGACUCUGUUGGUAGUAGGUGCGUAACAAACUAUUCAGUUGCGAAAUUUCCACUUGAACAAGUCAUCUUGUUAUCUGUAAGAGUAACCGUCUCGAACCAAAUACCAGGCCACGGAGAAAACCGUGAUCCCUAGAGUUGUAGAGGUCUCUUAAAAGGCUACAUUUGUCCAGCCUCGUUUCCUAACAUCAUUUAAAGCUUUUUACAAGACAGCUAGCAAAGUUGUCAAAUUAAUGUAUUGUUGCCGUGUAGGCUAAGCUUCCAGUGCAGUGACGUCAAAUCCCAAUUUUGCAUUUCUUGUUGAAAAGAAAAUACUUGGAAUAAUUUCCAUGUAGCGUUACAGAACGAAUUUAUUUUCUCUUGCGAAUGAAGCCCCACUCUUCCCCUUGGAUGUCAAGAUCUGCAGUCGACGUCCGUUGCCUUUGGGGCUGUUGACAUCAGCUAGACAGCCAGUGCACGAACUUGACAAACGAGAAGACAACACGGCAUAAUGAACCGCUACCUACCUGUGGCCCGUCAGCACUUUCUGAGCGCACUUGCCAACACCAGUGUCGUAGUCAAGUCCAUCAGCGCAACAGUGCUAGUGCUUUACCUUGUAUCCUGGGCAGUGGACACUCCCUAUGCUCUCGGUGUGACGCCGGGUUACCUUUUUCCUCCAAACUUCUGGGUCUGGACACUGGCGACCCAUGCCGUGGUUGAGCAGCACAUAUGGGGAGUGGUGGUUAACAUUGCCACGGUGAUGGUGUCAGGUCGGCUGCUGGAGCCGCUGUGGGGCGCCUUGGAGUUGCUCAUCUUCUUUGCCGUGGUCAACAUCUCCGCGGGCCUCCUUGCCGGCCUCUCUUACCUCUUCACCUACGCCGCCACCUUUGACCUGGACUACCUGUUUGCGGUGCGGAUCUAUGGAGCACCCGGGUUCCUCGGUGGGGUGCUGGUGGCCUUGAAACAGACGGCCGGCGACACCACGGUGCUGCGCGUGCCACAGCUCCGGCUGAAAGCGGCCCCGGCGCUGACUCUCCUGGGCCUGGCCGUGUUGCGGCUGGCCGGGCUACUGGAGACGGCAGCGCCACUGGCCGCCUGCUGCUACGGCACACUGGUGGGCUGGGUGUACCUGCGCUUCUAUCAGCGGCACAGCCGGGGCCGGGGCGACAUGUCUGACCACUUUGCCUUCGCCUCCUUCUUCCCCGAGGCUCUCCAGCCAGCCGUGGGGCUGCUGGCCGCUCUGGUCCACGCUGCCCUCGUCAAGAUGAAGGUGUGUAGGAAGAUGGUGAAGAGGUAUGACGUGGGGGCGCCAUCCUCCAUCACCAUCAGCCUGCCAGGCACCGACCCACAGGACGCCGAGAGGAGAAGACAACUGGCGCUGAAGGCCCUAAACGAGCGACUGAAGCGUGUGGAGGACCAGUCCGCCUGGCCCAGCAUGGAGGACGAGGAGGACCAGGACGAGGAUGAGGUGCGCACGGACACCCCGCUGCUUGCCGCCCGCGAUGCCUCUGCCUCUGCCUCCAGCUCCAGCUCCAACCAGAGCCCCACGGGGCAGGAGUCCAGCAUCAUAAGCUUUGAGGACGCCCCCUCCCACUCCUAACACAAACACACAUACACACAGACAGACCGUCAGACAGACGGUCACACAGACAGUCAGACACACAGACAGUCAGACACACAGACAGACAGACAGACAUAGCUCGAGGCAAGCCACAUACACAUACAUUCUCACAGUAGUUUAAUGGAUCUCACACAUGCCAACACGCACACACCAAACAUAAACCAACCAGGACCUGGAUAUUUGAAAUGUACAGUAAUUAGCCCUACGACUUACUAACACACACACCCCUGCCCCCCCAUACACGCAGAUACACAAAGUACAUUCACAAAUGGACGCUUCUCAGCUUCGACGUUGCACAGAAGUCCCGUGGCUCCACUCAAUACCUUGCUUCUGUUGCACUAAAGAUGAUCCCAGAGUUAUUGUACAGAAGAAAGUCUUCUCCUGGCUGUGUGUUCUACCAGAGCCAUUUUCUUCUGAAGAAAAGAGGAAAGGGUUGAUUGGACUUCUUUUUCUCGACUGAGUCCUCUUGACUAAGGGGGACGGUAGGUGAUUCCCAGACCUCCCACCCCAAAAUCCUUUCAAGGCUGGACGUGAAACUGUGUUCACAUUUUGAGAGGUCCGUUCGUACUACUUAUGCUUUUUGUAUUUUAAAGACAAAAAAAAGUAGGUGUUGUCCAGCAGACUUUUCCACAACAUGGGAUUGGGUAUGAAGACGUCAUGGAGAUUUGCAUCGCACGGAUGGAGUGUGGUAGUCGUGGAGAAUCCCUCUCCCCCUUCUUGUAUGCAGUUAUUGAUCAGCUGUCAUCUCUUUUGAAUGUGUGUGUGUUUGUGUGUGUGUUUUAUAAUUGUGAGAGACUGACAGACGAGGGUAACAGGUGUUUACGGAUCAAAUUUUUUAUGCACACUAAAAGAAAGCUUGGCUUGAGAAGGGGUUGUUGGCAUUUGACAGCAAUACAGUAAUUAAUUAUCUUGAUCGAUCGUUUUUUUUGUUUGUUUUGUUUAUUAUUUCUUUUCAUUUGUCUUGUCCUUCUGAGAAUGAGCUAGUUAUACAGAAAACAGCUCUAGACCAUGAGCUUACAUGAUAUUAUAUUUUUGGUGCGACUUUGUUUGAAUGUGGGCGAGGGUUUGUGUGUUUUACGCAACGAGAACUAAUUUUGAUGAGGCAUCAGCGUGGGCAGGAAUGUAGAUAGAGGGUGUUUGUGUGCUGGCUAAGGUAAAUUGCUCUCCGAGCUGGAAUCCCCGUCGUGGUUUUUUUCUAUUCCUGGGCCGUCAAUGACUAUCUCUAGAUCUUACAGUCUUUCACCACCUCUCAAAUGUCUCUCUGUUCCCUAUAUAGUAUUUUUAUUUUUAUUGUGAUUUGUGCAGAAAGCUGCAGUCUGCGGGGCGUUUGACUAUAUAGCGAAAGGGUGAGCUAUUUGAGAAGCAGCCUCUAUUGUGUCCCUGCUCCCAGUAGAGGUUUUGGGUGGGGAACUCUCUCCUGGUCAGCACCUCAGUCUCUUUGUUGCUCUGUACAAAACAAAAUAAUAAAUCCUGAAUGAUGA